CAGACAGUGAACAUGUACAUAGACACAUGGACGUCAAAUUAAACGUGUAAACUGUGACAGGUAAACACUGUUUGGGUGACAAUUCAGACAGUUUCGAAAUGUCGACAUUGUUCUUGACAUUGCUCAUAUCAACACUUGUUAUCGACUAUACACGUGGAACAUGUGAGGCCGACUGUGACUGGAGUGUGGGAGAGUGGGGAGAAUGCAGUAGAUCAUGUGGUGGAGGGCACCAAGCCAGGAACAGAACACGUUGUUGUCAUGACAACGAGUCUACGGCAUCAUGCCUGAAACGAUGUCAGCGCCGGUCGAUUGGCGAUGUCCCCGAAAUCUACAGAUCGUGCAACAAGUUCUGCUUCAAUGGAGGGAAGUUUGAUGAAGACACUGGUCAGUGUAGGUGCAGCCAGGGAUGGACAAGCACCUGCUGCCAAGAGGUUUCUACGUCCUAUAAAUUCACUUGCAUCUCCACAAGAAGAACAAACAAGGAACUUCCUUCUCAGGUAGCAGAUGGACCACAGUCUCGUUCUCUCAGCAGAGUCUAUGUUGUCAAAGCACAUAUGCCACAUGAACAAUUCACCAAAGAAAACUAUGUGCCCCUUGACAUAAAUAUAGUCAUCAGAUUAUGCUCGCAUCACGUCUACAGUGUAGAAUGGUGCACGGUCGACCAAAUAUCAACAUAUCUGAACUUACUUCAUAACGGCACGGUAAUCGCCAAUGAGAGGAGUGGGUAUCUUAGAGAUGUGAGCCAUGUCUUCCUCGAGGUUCCCCCGGGUGACAGAGUAGUUGAAUAUAACUGGAUCCCUGAAUUCCUCGAUGUAAAUGGCCAGUAUUCACACUUUCACUGUUCAAGGGAGGUUUUCCAUAGUCAGCAAUAUGUCCCUGGGCGACACCGACGCUGGGCCAGUCGAAAUCUGCAGAUUGUUAUACGGACAAGUGGAGACGGCUACGCAGGUACUGAUGCGACCGUCAGUAUGAUAAUAUACGGCGAAAAAGGCAACUCUGGUAGCAGGCGCAUGUCUGGAAGCUUUGAGAAGCGGGAUGUUGAUACCACUAAUCUCAGUAUCGAUGAGAUAGGAAGAAUACGAAGUAUAAGGAUUUGGCAUAAUGACGCUGGAAGUUAUGCUGGCUGGAAGUUAGACUGGGUGCACAUUGAGGAACUUUCUGAACCGGGUGUGAAAUAUGAAUUUGGAUGUAACUGCUGGUUAGAGGGCAGUAACAACGGCAAAGACCUCACACAUGGCACAACUUCUUGUCGGGGUAUGGGAAGUACAGUUGAAAUGUCCCUGCAGUGGCUCAGUCGAGACAAGCAGAGGUGUGAUCUUACCUGCUCAUACAUGGACAACAGGUGGUGCUGGCCUGGCAGCUGUUCUAAUGGUCUGAUGACAUCCUGCUCGUGUGAAAGUGGCUUCAGGAAGUCAGGGAACUCCACCUGUGACAUUACCACAAAGCCGGAUUUGCUCACUUGCAAUGUUGGAAUAGAAGACCACAGAAGUGAUGUCCGGAACAGUACCAGCAUUGGCAACACCACAGACUGUUAUUCACAGACAGACGUAUAUAUCAACAUACAACCUGAGUCAAUGUCCUUUAAAAUAACAACUGAGUUUCACAAGAAAGUAUUAUCAACUCUGCCUGUGUUCAUCAGUAGAACCUAUAUCGGCAUCGUGGACAGUAGCCUCACAGUUACAAGACAAGACCUCUCAGGUACAGAACACAUUCUGUCCUCCACCACGUUGAGGGGAGGUGGCGACUGCAGCAAGGCCCUCUCGUCGUCCACACCUGCGCCACUUGUGUCAUGUGACAGAGUACUGAAUGGUUCAUCAUCCCUGCAAAAUGGAGAAUGGUUAUGUGGCCUAAUUAAGGUCUUUUCUGGGGGUUCAUUUGAUUACAAAAACUUCCAUGGAGACCUCGUUGGGAACGAAAGAUUUACUGCCCUUGCCGAAAACAAGACCAUCUGCUUUAGAUACGACAAUGCUGCCCCAGUUCACUGUACAACAGAUUCAAGAUUCCCGUGUUCCUCUGCCACCCCCAUGCGUUUAUCCACCAGAACCACCAAAUUCCCCAACAUCACUGUAGAGGUGUCGGGCUGGAUUGAUCCGUACCCUCUGCGAGGGUCCCCAGAAAAAGCCUCGGGGGUGAAGUACUAUCAGGUCGAUGUGUAUGGUGUGAAACACUUAGAUCUGAAUACACUGGAUGUGGACUAUGACAACAACAUAUUUCAUUCAACCAACCUGACGGGGAGCAGUGUGAACAUCACAGUCUCACUCCCAUCAGAGCCUGCCAUGUAUGUUACAUAUGUGGAAGUCCACGAUGUUGCUGGAAAUGUUGGGUAUAGUCGGCGUUUUUUGUUGUACGAUAAUUCAUCUGAACUUGAGGUUAGGACAACGAAAGUACUGAGGGUAAUAUCUGCAUCAAAGGACACGAGAUAUACUUGGCAAAUUCACCACGGGGACAUUCUAUUAGAAUGGAACGAACGCUAUCAUAAUGAACAUUACAUAAACAAUAACUAUUUUUGCCAUGUAAAGGAAGACACAGACACUGGUAUAUCAGGCGUAUAUGAUCAAGUAACGGGCAUUCUACCUGUCACCGGUACCGUGAGUAUCAAUGGCAUCACAAGUUUCAAGUACCAAUGGAGUCUCAACAAUGGUUCAAAAACGUCGUGGGCAUCAGUUUCAGAUUUUACCAACCAAUCUCUGAGCCUCGGUCUGAAUCUAACGGAUGGUGAAUCAUAUGAAGUCUGGAUUGAAGCCCAGGACAUUAUGCUGAACACCAUUGUGGAGUCUGUAGUUGUGCACAUAGACAGGAGUGUGGCUGACAUCGCUGAUACCUGGCUUGUUAGAGAUGGAACGAGUCAGGUAUAUGUUCACAACAACACAGAUCUCUCUACGAUGGUUCUUCAGUUUCGAGCGUGGGAUGUCCACAGUGGGAUCACAUCUGUCCUGUGGGCGCUUGGAACAACUGAUGCGGGCUCAGAUCUCGGAAACGGUGCACUUCCUGUCAGGAAACUCGAUGCUCUGGUUAGGUGUCCACGAGGGCCAGAUUGUUACUGUCCAUCUGUUGGGCCCUGUGGAUUCCAGAAUUAUACACUGGACCUUGGCAAGACUUCUCUUAAAGCCAAUAAUACAAACACAGGUCAACACAACAGAGAGUAUUACUUCACCCUCUUCAUUACUAAUGGGGCCAUGCUAAAGAGUUUUGCUCACCUGGAUGUUCUGGUUGAUGAGUCACCUCCUUUAGUUGGCAUCGUUCAAGAAGGGAGCAUUGAUGGUCCAGACAUAGAUUACACCAGUGACGGGCAUGUGCUGAUCAGCUGGCGAGGUUUUAUUGACCAUGAGAGUGGUAUCCGAUAUUACAUCGUAGGCUUAGCAGACAAGUGUCUUAGUGUUGGUGAACUGAAGCAAACGAAUUCAAGCGAUAUCAUCAUUCAAAAAGCAACAACAGAAAGUGUAUCACUAGUUUUCCCUAAAGAAGGCAGGUACUUUACUUCACUUGUUGCUGUGAACAAUGCUCUAGAGCCUUCUGAUGUUAUCUGCUCAGAUGGUAUUACAUUUGACCUCUCCCUACCAAUCAUAGAAAACAUUACCCUCCACCAGGCAUCUUCUGUAUCUAGUCUCCAAUGCAUAUUUGAUCAACCAUGGCUAAUCAACUCUAAUAUGACAAUGGCUAGGCUUCCAAUGGUACAUGUGUCGCGAUCGGUGUCUUAA